CACGGCAUGCUGCGAUCCUGCAAUCUAUAAAACCAUACAUCUGCAACUUUUAAUACAUCAAAAUAAAAAUUGUUUUAAGCCUGCUUUGAUUUAAUUCUCCAAGCAUUUUCAAAUUAAAUCAUAGAUAACUAGAUAGAAGAGAUUUUAUUGGUUUAUUGUUGUAUUAUUGGAUUAUUUUAGUUUUAAACAUUCGAUGAUUAUUUUAUCGACCUUGAGGUUGACAGCAGGCGGUUUCGUCCUAAUGUCCAACAAAUCAAAACAAUGUUACUGAAGUUAUCUGUUUACUGCUGAAAUUAAUUCCAGUGCAUCGUGGGUUUACUCCCACAGACUCUUUUAUUCUUUGGGGUGCAAUAAACUAGAUAAAAUGGCAUUUCUCGAGUGGCGGAAAUUUAAUUUCUUCGAGUUGAAGAAGAACGUCGACGCUGGACGUCUCAACUCCUUGGAGGAUUUAAAUAUCACUGUAACUACCAGUGGAAACAAUAAUUUAAUCAUUGGUGAUGCAGGAGGAAAGGUUCACAUUGUUUCUAGGACUUGGCAUAUCACCAGUUUCCGCGCCUAUGAGUUAUGUGUAUCCCUGGCUCAACAACUUAGAAAUCUACCAUAUUUAGUCACAAUUGGGGAAGAUGAAUUGGGCAUUAAUCCACUGAUAAAAGUGUGGGAUACCAGUAGAUUUGACAAAAACAAUCUACCUUAUUGCACAAGGGUGACCAGAACUAACCCUAAUAGCAGGGCAGUCAAACCAAGUGUGCUAUGUGUGCAUGAAAAUAUGCAAUUGAUGGCAGUUGGUUUUGUUGAUGGUACUUUGCUGCUGUACAGAGGAGAUGUAACCAGAGAAAGAGGCUCCAGACUGAAGAUACUAAGGGAGGCUAGCUCUGGAGUGACUGGGCUUGCUUUUAAAUCUACUGCCAAUACAACACUCUUGUUUGUUGCCACUGAGAACAGCAUUUAUAUUUAUAAUAUCACGCAUAAAGACAAGGAAGUUAUGUCACUCCUGGAUAAUAAAGGAUGUCUAGCUAAUUGUUCAGUACUUGCAGAGUCUUUACAAGAGAGUCAUUUUAUGGUAGCAAGAGAAGAUGCAAUUUAUUGUUAUACAUCCGAUGGGAAAGGCCCGUGCUAUGCAGUAGACGGAAAAGUAAUGUUGCAAUGGUUCCGCAGUUAUCUCAUCAUUGUUUCAAAGUCAAAACGCCUAACACCUACAUCAGCCGCACCUGGCGCCGUUUCCAAUACGCAUCUUAUCACAGUUCUAGAUAUUCAAAACAAAUUCAUCGUAUUUCAAACACCCGUUGAUGAAAUCCGCUCAAUUUUAAACGAAUGGGGAGGAUUCUAUAUAAUCGACGUGCAUAACAGCAUCUUUCACCUAAACGAAAAGGAUCUGCAGGCGAAAUUGUCGAUCCUUUUCAAGAAAAAUCUUUAUGACAUUGCUAUCCGCAUUGCCAAGUCACAACAAUACGAUUCAGACGGACUAGUGGACAUUUUUCGACAGUACGGUGACCACCUCUAUGGUAAAAGCGAUCAUGCAGGCGCAAUUGAUCAAUACGUGAAAACCAUCGGCAAGUUAGAACCCUCGUAUGUCAUUCGUAAGUUUAUGGACUCCAAACACAUCGAUAAACUCACGAGUUAUCUGGAAGCGUUACACAAACAAGGUCACGCUACUGAAGAUCAUACUACUCUCCUGCUAAACUGUUUCACCAAACUCAACAAGACUGAUGAUCUUAAAGAGUUCAUCUUACAAAAGGAUAAAGAAUUAGAUUUUGAUGUUGAUAUUGCGAUUAAAGUGUGUCGACAGGGCAGUCCUGAAGAAGCCCUGAUGCUUGCAAAACGCCACCGCAAACACGAUUGGUACAUCAAGCUGCAACUGGAAGAUCAUCAAAGAUACGAAGACAUUAUUGACUAUAUCGGUGAUUUAGGAUUCGAAGAUGCGCAGUUUUACAUGCGAUUGUAUGGCGGUGUUUUGGUUCGAUGCGCAGGACAUAAAGCGACGCAGUUGAAACGUUUAUGCGCGAAUUUCGGACGUACGCAGGGCAGUGGCGAACGGCAACGCGCAAAUGCCGAAGAUUACAUUCAUUUAUUCCUCAAUGAUUCAGCCAGAUUAGUGGAAUUUUUAGAUUAUCUCAUUGCUGAAGGCUGCUCAUUGAGUGCAGCUGUGUAUGACACUCUUUUAGAGCAUUAUUUGCAUGUUUGGGAGUCAGUUGAUGGUCCGGAUCGCGCUCGUUUCGGUCAAAAGAUACUGAAACUUUUGCAGAAUCCUGAUGUGCAGUGCGACAAACAUCAAGCGCUUGUUGUUUGUCAUAUGCACGGUUUCAGCGACGGAAUUUUACACCUUUACGAAGAGCAAAAGUUGUACCAGCAGAUUUUGCGUUAUCACAUUUCACUGAAAGACACUUCAUCGGUUUUGGCAUGUUGUAAACGUUUCGGUCACCAAGAACCAACACUCUGGGUGCAGUCAAUGUGGUCAUGCGUGCGAGAUCCUGAUUAUUCCACGCAUAAUCUCUUACCGGAUGUGUUGGACACCAUUGCGAAGGAGAGAUUCUCACCGCAGUUAGUAAUUGAAGCGUUGGGCACUGGCAAAGCAGAAAUUACCCUUGCGCAUAUUAAACGUUAUGUUACGCAGGAGCUGCGCAAGGAACAAGAGGUAACUGCUGCGGAUCGUGAAUUAACGCUUAAAUACCGCAAAGAUACAAACGAAUUAAAGCGGAAAUUGGAGAAUCUCAAAAGUGGACCGAUUCUUAUUCAAGGCGCGCGUUGCGCUGCUUGUCAUCAUCCACUCGAGUUGCCAAGCUUACAUUUCCUUUGUCAACAUUCGUACCAUCAGCAUUGCUUCCAGAGUUAUGCUGAGAACGAAAACGAAUGUCUCGCCUGUCAGCCUGAUAAUAAAAUAGUGGAAUUACUUCGCGCACGCGAGUAUAACAAAGAUUUGCAUGAGACUUUUCACUCGCAAUUGGAUAAAACUGCAGAUGGUUUUGCGCUUGCCGCUGAGUAUUUUGGUCGUGGUGUGUUUAACACUGUUAAAGUGAUAACUGAACGACCACGACCGCCACCACAGAUGGUGAUGCCACGAGAAGAACCUGUACAAGGUUCGGAAGCACGUGUACGGCUUCAUGAGAACAAGAGGAGUACGCCGAUUGUGAAUAUUAGCGAAGGACGUGUGCGGAUGCAAGAGAAUCGCUUCAGUUCCUCAUUGGAAGCGAAUAUUAUUCAACCGCGGGUUGCAGAGGGACGGAAUGUCGCUGUGGUAGGAUCUAUGACAUCAAAUGCGUCUGUAAAGCAGGUUACAGUUGCUGCAGCAUCUGCGAACGGGAAUGGCAAUCCGUUUGAGUCUUCUUCGGAUUCAAAAGAUUACGAUAGCGAAAAUCCGUUUGAUGCGGAUGAUGAGAACUCGGACAAUGCCGACGAGGAUGACUAUGAUAAGAAUUUGAACCCUUUCGCCUAGUGUGUAAUAUGUGGACAUUUAUGCAAUGACAACGCUUUGUGUAUUAUUGUUAUUUCUAAAAUAUUAAAUUGUAUAAUAUACAUAACAAUGUAAUAACGA